AUGGAGCUCGCUCUGUUGGUCGUGACUUUUGUGGGCUUCUUAACGGUGGAGGAGGUAAUGACCGCGAUGCUGCUGCGGUACUACGCAUGGGCGAAGCUGGCCACUCGUGCUACUGGUGGAGACCAUGUUGUUGAUCGCCAUGCCAAUGGCAUCGAUGGAGACCGUGUUGCUGACGAAUACUAUGUUGCUACUGGGAACUGCGUUGCUGAAGGUGUUUUUGCUGCUGGUGGACCCUUUGUUGCUGGUGGAGACCGUUUUGCCGGUGGAGAUAGUGAUGCCAGUGGGUACUGUGCUCCUGGUGUGCGCAACGUGAUUGAUAUAACGGACCGUGGCACCCAAAUUAAUGGUGGAAAUGCCCGCUAUGUUGCAGUCAGCGAGCCCCGAUCUAACUAUCCACAACAUAAUUAUACGGAGGAUGGCGACCGCGCUGUUGUUCUUUCAAACGCCGAAGAACGUGGUGUACCGGAGCCUGGUAGUAACGAUUCACAACCGGUGAGCCGAGGUGCCACCGCCGACCGUAUUGGAAUGCAAAUACGCAACUGGACCGUUAAAAAUCCGGGAGCGGUCCCGACGCCGACAUGUGAUGACUAUGCGUCGUGGACGGUGGCUCAACUGCGGAAGGAGUGCAGCGAGAGAAAGUUGCGAGUGCCCAGGAAGUUCGGUAAGCUUGCGCUCGUUGAACAUUUGAUGAGACACGAUGCUACACGUAGAGCAGUUCAAGCAACUGUUGACGACGAAAACCUGUUGGAUCCAAGCUUGCGCAAAACAAAACACUGCUGCAUUCGACUUCUCGAUGUUAUUUUCUCGGACCGUUUUGCUACGCGUCUUGCUUCAUCCGACGACGCGGCAACGAGAGACCAAAAAGACACGGGUGAGGUAAACCAGAACACGUCCUUUUGGAAGGAGGUAGCCAAGGAGUUUCAAACCAACACAACAGAUUACAAUGGCCUCUUCACCUUCAAUGACCCUCGCUACAUCGGGAUCGACCCUUCUGUCAUCGUCCAGCAUGAUGCAUCACGACUUUAUGACAUGUGGAAGAAAGUGAACACCAAAUACAUCAAAGCCUUCUCGAAGUUCGAUGUAUCCGGUCAAAAUUCCAACGACUUUUACGAGUUCUGCGAUGGAAGUUUGGAUGCUGCGUAUGUGAAGGUUUGCAUCAAGCAGAAGCCAGAGUUGGAGUCGUAUGUGAAAGGGGGCAUGCACGAGGAAGAUGAAAUCGACUCGAUGAACUUGAAGCGUUCGUCAAAGGGUGAUCGCUCUUUACGCAAGUCAACUAAGUGGCAAGACAACAUUCUCACGACCUUUGAUCGCAUCGCUGAGGUUCUUAUCGGAAAUCAGAGCUCAACAGCGGCGUCGACUAAAGCCGUCACACCAAACGCUGAUGAGGAAGACAUGCUGCUUGGUCGGAUUGCUAAACUUCAUCAAGUGAUCUUCCAAGUGAAGGAUAGUUUACGUGCGUCUGUAUCCAAUGGAGAAACCGACGUGGCAUUGACGAACAGCCUUGGGCUGUACACCAAACGACUACAGCAGUACGAAUCCCGCCUAGCGGAGCUGGAUUAG